AGUCCUCCCCCCAUGGAGUUCGGCCUGCUCAGCGAGGCAGAGGCCCGGAGCCCCGCCCUCUCGCUGUCAGAUGCGGGCACCCCCCACCCCCCAAUCCCGGAACACGGCUGCAAGGGCCAAGAGCACAGCGACUCGGAGAAGGCCUCGGUUUCGCUGCCCGGCGGCUCCCCCGAAGACAGCUCGCUGAAGAAGAAGCAGAGGCGGCAGCGCACGCACUUCACCAGCCAGCAGCUGCAGGAGCUGGAGGCGACCUUCCAGAGGAACCGCUACCCCGACAUGAGUACGCGGGAAGAGAUCGCCGUGUGGACCAACCUCACCGAGGCCCGCGUGCGGGUGUGGUUCAAGAACCGGCGCGCCAAGUGGCGAAAGCGCGAGCGCAGCCAGCAGGCGGAGCUGUGCAAGGGCGGCUUCGCGGCGCCGCUCGGGGGGCUGGUGCCGCCCUACGAGGAGGUGUACCCCGGUUACUCGUACGGCAAUUGGCCACCCAAGGCGCUGGGCCCGCCGCUCGCCGCCAAGACCUUCCCGUUCGCCUUCAACUCGGUCAACGUGGGGCCUCUGGCGUCACAGCCCGUCUUCUCGCCACCCAGCUCCAUCGCCGCCUCCAUGGUCCCCUCGGCCGCGACUGCCCCGGGCACUGUGCCAGGGCCUGGGGCCCUGCAGGGCCUAGGUGGGGGGCCCCCCGGGCUGGCUCCGGCCGCAGUGUCCUCCGGGGCAGUAUCCUGCCCUUACGCCUCGGCCGCAGCAGCCGCAGCAGCAGCCGCCUCCUCCCCCUACGUAUAUCGGGACCCGUGUAACUCGAGUCUGGCCAGCCUGAGGCUCAAGGCCAAACAGCACGCCACUUUCAGCUACCCUGCCGUGCCCGGGCCGCCCCCGGCCGCCAACCUCAGUCCGUGCCAGUACGCAGUGGAACGGCCUGUGUGA